AAUAUUAUACCACCACCACCACCACCACAAUCUCCACAACCACCACUACCGAGAGCCACUGGAGGUUCGAUUUCCGCUCCCCAGCCAGCUAAUAUUACGACACACAGACGAAGCAUUGUGAAAAGAAGGCAACAAGGGAAACGAGAAGCCCGAGUCAGUUUUGGCACUAGUGAGCGAGGAAGGUGGAUAGACGGGCGGGCUGGCGAGCUGUUGGGCCUGACUGGGCUGAGGAAAAGGAGGGUUGAAAGCAUGGAGCGAAGGUUGAGGUGACAGACAGUGCAGUGGACAAGCUUUCUUCUUCACUGUCUCUCCAAUGGAAGCUCCUCAUCUCAUUUUUUUGUUUUACUUUCUUGGAGUUUGUGAAGUGUCCUGCUGAUUUCCAGAGUCGAGGCCCGCCAUGGUGCUGUGCAGGGCGAGUGUGUCUGAGUGGCCGCGUUCCCGGGUGUGCUGAUGGACGCCUGCGACUGCCAUGCUGAGGGUGGCGAGAGCCCGACGCGCCCUGCUGUGGCUGGGCGCGGCGGGCGUAUGCGUGGCGGCGGGGCGUGUGCUGUGGGUCCUGCUGUUCAUCACACUCGAGCCUUACUUCGUCCAGCACGCCAGCCACGCCAGCCACCACCUCUACGGCGAUCUCCCGACACUCAACAAGCAAGAGUCACCUCCCAGGCUACCGGGAUCGUCGACAGCGGCCGUGGGAGGACACAAUGGCGAGAAGGUUGUGUUGUUUUGGACGACGUGGUUCGGGAAGGCGUGGUGGGUACGGUUGGGCGGCGGCGUGGACCUGCAGGCCGGGCAGUGUCCCGAGACUCGCUGCGUCUUCACCCACGACCGCUCCAGGCAGCACGAGGCCUCCGCUGUUCUGUUCCAGUCCGAGGGCGUGGCCGCUCGGGACCUGCCUCGGAGCCGUGAGUCGUGGCAGCGUUGGGUGUGGGUCCAUGUGGAGGCGCCGCCCUACUCCACUCGCGCUGCCCUCAGACUCCGCCCCAGUGUGCCGGUUGCAGGCGCCCCUCGAGACCUGAGUGGCCUCUUCAACUGGACCAUGACCUAUCACCCCGCCUCGGACAUCAUGGAGCCUUACGGGGCCCUACUGCCGCUGUCCGCUGAUGGGGGCCCUGACGAACCGCCGCCCCCCGCCCCCGCCGCUGUCUCGCCCCUCUCCAUUUCUCCACGAAGCCGUCCUCCCUUCACGCCCAUUCGUCCGGCCCUUCUCGACGCCACCAGCUCCACCCACGCCGCCUACCUCAACGCUCUGCAUCACAAGAAGACUCUGCCUCGCCUGCUUCCGUCCCCCUGGCCUCGCUACGUCGAUAGGGAGCCAAGCCCCGCGGGAGAGUCCUGGAGGGCCUUCCUGACGAGGCCGCGUCUGGUGGCCUGGAUGUCGUCCCACUGCUACACCGCCUCCCGCCGCGAGGAGUACGUGCGGCGCCUCCAGCAGCACGUGGCCGUCGACGUGUACGGAACCUGCGGCCCUCUGAGGUGCAGCAGAAGGGAGAAGCACCGCGACGACAGCUGCUGGCGGGAGGUGAUUGGCGUCCGGUACCUCUUCUACCUGGCCUUUGAGAACGCCCUGUGUGACGCCUACGUGACGGAGAAGGUGUGGCGGCCGCUGGUGCACGGCCUGGUGCCCGUGGUGCUGGGGGGUGCCAAUUACUCCGCCUUCCUGCCACACAAAUCCUUCAUCAACGCCGGAAGCCUCGGGCCGCUCCAGUUGGCUCACCUGCUGCUUCGCCUGCAGAAAAACCCUCGGGAGUAUGCCGAGUACCACCUGUGGAGGGCGUUCUGGAGGCCGACGCUGAGGCCUCCUCUGUGUGAACUGUGCCUCAGGCUUCACAACAGCUCGCAGACCACGACGCAGCAGGACCUUGACAUGUGGUGGCGGGGCCUGGGGCGCUGCCGGCCUGGCCAUUAGGAGUCCACGAUAAAUAUUAGACACCGAGAAAGGUUUUGGCUUAGAUUGGAGCAUCACGCAGUACACGAAACAACAGGGCUGAGUCAGUGUGGUGGCGGCCCCUGGGAACUGCCUGACUGGGCCUUCUUUAGCCGUCUGCUCGAAUGGAAAUUAAGAUUGUCACCGAGAGCCUUGCUUCCUGACCUCACACACUUUAAAACACUGUGCCUGAAUCGCUGAUUCUUAACUUUUGUUGCCAGCUGUGCCUUUAGCAUGAUGAAGAAGUCCCAAGACAAUAUUACACAACACAAUCGAGUAUUUUGAUCAGCGUAACGUUCACGUGCCUUACCGGCCACGCAACACCCGCCACACUGUUGAUCCCGCCCCUGACCCAGAUCAUUGCCCAUUGCUGGCUUGCGGCCUGACCCGUCCACCUCAUCCCCCCCACCUCUGCCUUGUGCCUGAACUGUAGUACGAGCUUACCGCAAGGAUGCACACACGGUCAUAAGGAAGCUACAAAAGGCCACUCGAUCAGUCCACCUAGGGGAGCUCCAUGCAGGCAAUCCUUCUUUCACUAUGUGGCCAGAAAGAAUUUAUGAGAAAUUUUCAUAUUUUUAUGUUUAUUUUAAAUAAUAUUCUGCAGGAUGCAUCUCUCAAUCUUCGUGGAUGAAAGGAUGUUUACUGAGUGCCUCCUUCACCUGUUUACCUUCCUGCCCCGCCUUUGAGCCGCGCCAGGCAGCCGUGAUUGCCCGCCGCGGCCACUCACCCAGCUGCCUUCUGUGUUGCCUGCCUCGGUGCUACGCGUAGAGCGACCUCUGUUGUUAUAUAUUGUUGUAUGAUUAUAGAGAACUUUAUUUCAGUGUAUUCUCUCUCUCUCUCUCUCUCUCUCUCUCUCUCUCUCUCUCUCUCUCUCUCUCUCUCUCUCUCUCUCUCUCCACACACACACACACACACACACACACACACACACACACACACACACACACACAUCCAACAAGCAAACAAAAAGACCGAGGGAAAAUAAAGCAGUCUGCCCUUCACGCCAUACAGGGCGGUGAAGUCACUGCGUACGGGUUGUGUUGUGGAGUUGCAGACAUCCUUUUCUUCAACGACUGUACGUACCUACACAUAUAUUGUUGCUACUCGAUAUUUUUUGCAUCUUUCCAUCAUGACUUUACACUGUACUUCAUAGUUUACAAUAAAAUGAUACUCACA